AUGGUGAUAGAGUGGCAAUGGGUGGAGGGUGGUGUUGGUGUUCGUGUUGGUAUUGGUGUUGGUGCUGGUGCUGGUGGUGUUGGUGGUGGUGUUGGUGCUGGUUGUGGCGGUGGUGUUGGUGGUGGUGGUGCCCCACCGAUAUAUCACCAGCAUGAGGAGGCAACAGGUAUGCCCCUAGACGAGAGUUCAUACCGUAUCUACAGAUGGUCAAUCUCGCGAGGCUCAACAACUACUGGUUUAGGUUGGAUGAGCCACUGGUUAGUGCAUUUGUCGAGCGUUGGCAUUCUAAGACGCAUACCUUCCACAUUCCACGGUGGAGAUGAUAGCGGCCGAGAUGAGGAUGAUGGUGGAGCUGGUUGUGGUAGUAGAGGUGGAGAUGAUAAUGGUGGUGGUGUUGGAGGUGGAGGUGCUGAUGGAGGUGGAGAUGGUGGAGGUAUAUAUGGAGGUGGCGAAGGUGAGGGUGGUUUUCAAGGUGGUGCUUUAGGGUUAAGGGAUGGUGGAGGGUUUGGAGGUGACAUGGGAUUUGGUGAUUAUUUUGUUGGUGUUCUUAGCAGUGAUAUGGCCCUUCAUGAGAGUCAAAAAUUCAUGAGCCCAGGUGAGCUCCUUUCGGAUUUGCUAGACAGUGAUGGCCUCGACCGGCCUUUGGACAAGACAUUUGCAUUGGGUGGUACUCCUCCAUCGGCAGUUGUAGCAGCAACCCCCGAGCGUGUUGGUCCUUCUAGGCCACCCGGACCGACUGGAGACGAGGAUGAGGUACCUCUCGCUUAG